CGGAGAGAGGCACGGCAGGAAGUCAGUUCUGGUUCCUGGGUUAAGGCGCCCGGGCAGGAGCGAGCGCCCUGUGCCGGGAGCGGCCGCGGGCUCCGUCAGGCGCUCGUCUGUUAACUUGACCAGCUUUCCAGUGAUGAAACGACAUUGGGAAUUAUGGACAAAAACAUUGGAGAGCAGCUUAACAAAGCUUAUGAAGCCUAUCGACAAGCAUGCAUGGGUAGGGACCAUGCUGUGAAAGAACUACAGCAAAAAACAGAAAACUACAUGCAGCAAAUACGUGAACAGCAGGAAAAGAUAGAGCUUCAAAACAGCAUUAUUGCAAAACUGAAAUCACAGUUGGCUGCUCUGAAUGCUAAUAGAGGCAAUGCACAUCCUUACAUUCUGAUGCAUGAAGACAUUGAAACAUCCAACUUACCUUUCAGCCAGCUCUCUGAAAAACUGAACAUAGCAAAGCAAAGAGAAAAACUCCUAAAGGAACAGUUAGACAGUGAGAGCAUGAAAUUGAAGCAACUUGAGGACAAAAGCAAUCAAAAGGAAAGGAAGCUUUUAUCUAUUAUUUCCAAACAAGAUGAUAAAAUAAGAAAUCUGGAAAGCAAAUUGCAAGAAUUAAAUGAAGCACAAAAGGCUAUACAGAUGCCAACGUAUAAAAGGGAGGUGAAAAGUAAGAAAGUUGUUCCAGAUAAGCCUGAAUUAUCUCUAGGGAUCUCUGGUAUUUCACCUGAAAGAGAGAAUCUGGAGACUAUUUUCCAAGAAAUGAAAGAAGAGUGUCAUCGAAUAUGUAUGCUAGCCAGAGAACAAACAGACCAACUGAGUAUAUUUAAGAUAAAGCCAGAACCUGAAACUGAAAUACAGUUUUCCAUGCCGAUACAGUGCACUGAUAAAACUGAUGAACAAGCAGAAGAGCUUUUUAAGCCUCGGGUUAUAAAGGAUAUAAAUAGAGGUGCAUCAUGCAUCACAUCUAUCACACCAAGAGGAGUGGGCCAAGAUGAGGACAACAACUCUGUAGAAUCACUUUCUAAAUUUAAUGUCAAGUUUCCACCUACAGACAAUGACUCUGCUUUCUUGCAGAGCACUCAGGAAAAACCAACAGUUCCUUGUACUGGUAUAUCUGAAAACAUGCUUCAAGAUCAUCAUUUUAACCUGGAGCACAGAGACCGUGCUGUUAACCUCAGUAAAUUGGAACCCAACUCAUUUGAAGCUCAUGGCAUUGAUCUCAUGACCUCAGCUUUACAAAGCUUAACUACUGUUGACAAAACAAACCCCUCAGAUCAUGCAAAGAUGCCCAUAGAAAAUAUCUGUGACAAAUCCUGUUUAAAAACAACAGACAGUGGUUUCACAUUUGUACCUAAGCAAACAAGCCAGGGUGUACCUGAAGUAAUAUUUUCUUUAGAAGCUGCUGGAACAACCGUCAGAGGUCCUCAUCAGCCCAUUUGGCAGCCUCAAGACAAUGAUUUGCUGGCACAAGCAUAUGCAGACUCUGAACUGAAUCAGUGUGGAAUAUGUGAAUUCUGUCGAGAAGUUUUCCCACCAUCUCUAACAUCUAAAGAAGAUUUUCUUCGGCAUCUCAAUUCCCACUUUAAAGUACAGUCUUAAUGUGACAAAUUUCUGGAAGAAUUAACACCUGCGUAAUUUUUAGAAAUGGAGUUUUCUGCAAUAUUUUCUCUAUUUUAAAGAUGUCAUGUUUGUGACGGGCUGUCAAGAGAGUGUGCUGUAAUGAACAGCAGUGUAGAGCGCACGUCCGCGCCAUGACCUGGAGGAAGUUUGUUACUCGCGGAGCUCUCGGCCCCGCAGCGCUGAAGAGGCGGUGUUGGGCCGUGCGGAGUGUGAAGCACCUCCCCGGGGAGCGCGGCUGGGGGUGGUGCCCGGGAGAGGCGCAGGUUCCAGCCUUGCGAACAGAGAAGGGGAUUCGCACAUCUCCAGCCAGCCCGACACGCAGCUCCGACUCGACCUCUCAGCCGUGAAAUCCGAGCUCAGGAGCUCGCCUUAUUAAGAGAUGCACAAACUGCGAAUCACCUUUGAAGAAAAUAAAGUCAUCUGUUUCUCCCCCCGCCCCCACGCGUGGAUGAGUUUUCCCCAGGAGCCCUGGAGCUGGCAGAGCCGGGAGCCCUGCGCGGGGACAAGGCUCUUUGUGGCUGGAGGCAGCCUGGGGUCCCCCGCAGCCAGGGCACAGCGGGGAGGGCGGCAGGAGGUGGGGGGAACACGGCUGACCAAAGUCUCGUCGACCAGCAGAACCCAUCCAUCUCCCACUGCGAGGGCUCCUGCCUAGUGCAACGUUUUAGGAAACUCUUAAAUCCUGCUUGCGUAAAACUGUCGCUGCCUGAGGGCAUCCAGAUAAGGCUCACCGAUCAGACCACUGCGAGGAGCACUAGUUUAGUUUUUAAAUAAAUAAAUAAUAAAUAAAUAAAUCUCA